AUGGGAAGUUGGUCGAGGAGAAAGACAAGAGAGCCCAAGGAGGAGACAGUGACUCUUGGACCAGCUGUUCGUGAUGGAGAGCAAGUCUUCGGUGUUGUCCACAUCUUCGCUUCAUUCAACGACACUUUCAUUCACGUUACUGAUCUGUCUGGACGUGAAACCCUUGUCCGUAUCACUGGUGGAAUGAAGGUGAAAGCUGAUAGGGAUGAGUCAUCACCAUACGCAGCUAUGCUUGCUGCACAAGAUGUUGCUCAGAGAUGCAAGGAGCUUGGAAUCACUGCUAUGCACGUGAAGCUCCGUGCCACUGGUGGGAACAAGACCAAGACACCUGGUCCUGGUGCUCAAUCUGCUCUCAGAGCUCUUGCCCGUUCUGGCAUGAAAAUUGGCCGCAUUGAGGAUGUUACUCCCGUCCCAACAGACAGUACUCGCCGAAAGGGUGGUAGAAGAGGAAGGAGGCUCUGA